GAUCGAGUCUCGGAUAGUUCUUCAUGUUUCGUGGUCUCAAGUAGAACGUACAUGUACACAUAUAUGUCGUGUAUUAGAGCAAACAUCGAUUAAUAGUUGUUUCUUUACGGACACAUUAGCGUGGUUGCACUUUGUUGCAUUCGCUAAUUUAGCUUGCUAGUUAGCUUAGCUUGCUAGUUAGCUUAGCUUGCUAGUUAGCUUAGCUUGUUAGCUGCUAACAAAGAGACGCGGACGUUAUCAACACAUCGCUAAGUAGAGAUCAAAUGUGAGUGUAAAGUGUGAAAAUGUGCGAAAGAACGAUAGCGGAGUGCGAAGAGGAACUUUCUAGAACAAAAGAGGAGAACUAUCAACUACUGGACGCUGUUUUCAAGAAACAUCAAGUUGUGUUACACAGAACAGAACGUCUUCCGUGCCCCCGCAUUAAAGAGGAAAAAGAGGAGCAACAGUCCCCCUGCUUUAAAGAAGAAACGUCUCCUCAUAUUAAAGAGGAAGAGAAGGUGUCACAGCCCCCCUACAUUAAAGAGGAGGAGGAAGAACACAGCAUCAGUCAGGAGGGAGACCAUCUAGAAGGACCGGAGGAGUUCCCAGUGAAGAGUGAAGAUGAUGAGGUCAAAGGUGAAAGUGAGGAGAGGGAAGGGGCGGAGCCUCCAACACAACACAUGACAACAGAAGCUGAUGGAGGAUCACAAGCGGACACGCUCUUAGCUCCACUAUCAGAUAGCGACGACGCAACGUCGCACAUCGACGCAAACACGGACUCACACUUGAGAACGCACACCAGAGGAAAACCGUUCGGUUGUUCCGUUUGCGGCGCACAAUUCCCUCAGAAGACAACCAUGCUGGCGCACGCCAGGACGCACACGGGGGAGAAACCUUUCCGUUGCUCGGUCUGCGGCAAGCGCUUCGCUCAACGGGCGCACAUGCUCUCCCACGCCAGGACGCACACGGGGGAGAAACCUUUCAGUUGCUCGGUGUGCGGCGGCGCGUUCGCGCAGACGUCCUCUUUGAAUCGGCACAUGAGGACUCACACCGGAGAGAAACCCUUCAGCUGCUCGGACUGCGGCAAGAGCUUCUCCCAAAAGGUGAACAUGCUCUCGCACAUGCGAACGCACACGGGAGAAAAACCUUUUAGUUGCUCAGUGUGCAGCGUCGCAUUUUCUUUCUUAUCUUCUCUGGAUCGACACAUGGAGAGGCACUGAUGGUCCACUCUUUGUUGGCUUUUACCGGGGAAAUUUAGUCUCAAUAAUAUAUUUUGUCCGAUGCUGUUUUUGAUUAUUUUCAACUAAUUGUGGACAAUUCUAAAUGUUUGUGUGGCCUAAAUGCGUCAAUGUGUGCACAAACGGGACAAGCGGUAGAAAAUUGA